AUGCUGCAGCGCCGAAGCAACGGAGCUAGGCUGCUGCAGGUGGGCGAGCAGGACGUGGCGAUGGGCAUCAAGUUCAGAGCCAAGGUGGUGGUGGAUGUGGAGGAAGGGGAGGAGGAGCGCCUGCCUCGUGACCUUCCCAGAAGCUUCAGCAGCACCGACUGCAGCAGCAGCAGCAGCAGCAGCAGCGGAGAGGAGAGUGAUGCUGCGAUUGGCGGGGUGGGAGGCAGCAUGAGGAGGCGCCGCAUCCACUUCAAGAUGGUGGAGGGCGACUUUCAAAAGUUUGAGGGCGUUUGGACUCUGGAAGAGCAGCUGCCCGGCUCCCCCUGUGGCCCCACAACCCUCUCCUACUCGGUUGAGCUGACCCCACACUUCUGGCUGCCUGUGGCCCUAGUGGAGGGGCGGAUAUCCAAGGAGAUUAAAGCCAACCUAGCAGGGGUCAGACAGGAGGCGUACAGGAGAAUCCAGAUGGCCUUAACGCAAGCCUGA